AUGCCACACAAUCUCUCAGAACCAGCUCAGGAGAAAGACAACAACAGAGAAAUGCCUAAAGCAGCCAAUGUAUCGGAAGGUAGAGAAAAACUACUGCAGAAAAGACUGAAAUUUAGAAAGAUGAUGAUGCCUGAAGUUCUGAAGAGCUGGAGGCAGAAAGUCAACAAGGCUGCUGAGCUGGCUCAGGUUGAAGAGACCUCAAGGAUUCCCUCUAUAUGCUAUCAGUCCUUGACAGAAAAUGUAAUUUUUCAAGUUUCUAAGUCUGAUGGAACAACAGUGGACUCCCAAGAUCCUGGGCAGCUGUCCAAAGUAUCUUCUACUUUGAAUUAUACAACCAUAAUGAAGAAUACACACUUUCCACAAAUUCAAUGCAAAACAGAUAUUCAGACUGCCAGUGUCACUAAAAAAGCUAUUCCACAGUUUAAAUUCCCUAUAAAUAAGAAUGGAAAGCUUAUUCAGAUGAUUAGAGAUAAUGAAUACAAAGGACCUGCAAAAAUCCUUAGCAGUGAAAAGAUGCAGAAGCCGGAUCUGUCUUUGCCCAACAAUGGGAAAAACAAGAGACGCAGUAUUUCAUUGGUGAACAGGUGGGUGCCUGAGCCGAAGACCUGUGACGAAAUUGGCAUACCAAUUUCCAACACAGGAAAUAGUGUUAGGCCGCAUAAGGAUUCCGCACACUGGUUUGAUUCGAGUGAUAUUGAGAAGAUGAAACUGUUGGCCGAUGGUUCAGUGAUUGCAAAGGCACGGAUACCAGGCCAUGGACAAGUCAUGAAAGUAGGCCUCAGCCUUCAUUCUCCCAUUGUAAUUGAUGACCUCGUGGAGUAUUGUCAGCAGGGACUGUGUGGUCUGAUAAAACGGCCCAGUGAUCUCAAUGAAGUCUUGGCUUUCCAUUUGGACAGAGUGCUGGGUCUAAACAGGAGUCUGCCUGUUGUAGCCAGAAGAUUUAGUGAAGAAUUGCUGCCGUACAGUUUCACAAAUGGAGUGGUUAGGCCAGUUGUUUGGUGGGAUGCAGACAUUCAGCAUAUGGACGAUCCUGACAAUGACCAAAAUUCAUUUGCACUGAGCUGGUCUCAGUACCAAGCAGUGCUGCGACAGGAGUGCAGCAUUAACAAGGCUCACGGAAAUCACAGCACGCCCUGCCUUAGUGUGAAGCACUCUGAGUGGGGCAGGUUAGCUCUCUUUGAUUUUCUAUUACAGGUUCACGAUCGCCUGGAUCGACAUUGUUGCGGUUUUAACCCAGAAAUCUCAGAACCCUGUGUAGAAGAUCUGCUACAUGAAAAAUGUAGCAACCUUAAGGAGCAACUUCUUGUCCAUAUCCUGGUUCGAAAAGGCAAUCCAUCUCAGCUCGUCUACAUAGACAAUGCAGGAAGGCUUCUCCAGGCUAAAGAUAACCUCAACUUCAGACUGUUGGAGGGCAUUGAUGAGUUUCCUGCGCAUGCGGUCAAAUUCUUACAGUCUGGAUGCCUACAGAGCAGGUUGUUGAAGUCCCUGAGUAUGGACAGGGAGUUCUGGGACAGCCACAAUGGGAUCAAGGGGCUGAAGAAGUUGGUUCAGGUCAUAGAAAAAAGGGCUCAGCUACUGCUUAACUACAUCCAGGAGAAAGACAUAAAAUUAGUUCACAACUGA